CGGUUUGUGGGCGACCUCGUGCCUCCCUGUAAAACACAUACAAUCGAAAGAGCGCGCGCGUGACUUCUUCGCGAAAAUCUACCAACGUUUCCUUCAAUGUCGUUCACGCUACCUUGAACGGAGUUGGUUAACCCUUUAAAGACGAGGUGGAGUCUCGACACACAUUCCUUUAACGAGCUAGAAAAACAGGGUGACUUCACUCACAGUCGCAAUCGCGUAAAAGUAUCCCAAUGAGUAUUUCAUAAUUAAUUGACGGUGCAUAUAAUUAUGAUAAAUUCGCGUGUUAGAUUAGAUUUAUCAGUGAAUUUCACGAGACGUGAAUUUUAAUUGUUAUCUGGAAUGGAUGAUUUUUAUCCAGUUUUAUGGCCAUAAAGUGUAUCGAGAAAUCGUGUAAGUAAUAAACGAGCCGUUCUAGCUAAUUUUUUUAUAUCUCUAAUCUGACAUAUGUAAUUAAUAGCCUGAGCGCGCACAGAGUUUAUAUAUGUAUAAUCAAUGGAGAACACGAUGGUUGAUAAUACACUUGGAAUUCUCAAUUACAAGCCUUAAAUAUAAUUUGUAAAGCUAAUGGUGAAGCAUGUGUAGAAUAAUAUCAGACGAGAGUAUCUCGUAACGAGGCGGUUAAUCGCCUUGACAUUGCGUCAAGCGAAUCGGGGUAAAGAAUCGCUGAUCCAUUACGUGUUCAGGUUGCAUUCGAUACGGAGAACCGAUAAAGGGGAUCGAGCGUAUACUCGUUCGGAUCAUUGUAGCAAUUAUGUAUUCUGACAGGUAUUAGGCGUUCCCAGGCUCGUAACGUCGAUGGAAUCCUCGAUCGUAAGCGCGCGUAACGAUUUCAUCAGAUUUUACAUAACAGAACACGGCGAACACGAUGAAAACCGAGAUGAUCAUUGCCCGUCGCAGGUGCAAAUCGCCUUUUUCCAUCUUGCAGCUCAAUAGAAUCGACUGAAAUAGAAGACGAUUCUGGUGACGUUGGUUUUAAUGGUUCUGGCAGUGGCUUCGUCCCAGGACUACAGUCAACUGUUCGCAGGAUUCGGACCUUACCUCAGGGAAGCAUCUGCGAUGCGAGAUCCACGGUCCAACAGAGGUCCAGUGCUGUUCCCGCCGGGUCCUCCAGCUAAUUCCGAGGACUCGAGUGGAGUAAUAAUUGGUGCAAGUGGAUAUGGAUUCGUGCCGCCCAACACAGCUUUCUACAGGUACUUUUACUAUUAACGGACAGCGGAGGUAGGAGAGUAUUCGGAAUGGCCGUAAACACUGCCAUCGACGGGGAAGUGGUAUGGAAGUUCGAAGGAGGCUAAAGAACGAUUUAGUAAUCGUGGACCUCUGGAUCGUCUUUGUAUCAUAUUCUUCGUGGUGCGUCUAGCACCCAACAGCACCCUUAGCAGUAUUUGUAUAGAAAUGACUAAUAUAUAAUAUAUCGUUAACGUUUUUUUAUAACAUACGUCAGUACAACAGAACCUCGAUCAACGUCAGCUUUAUAAGAUUAUUAGAAAGCAAAAAUUUGUGCAAUCAUAUGGUGAAUCCUCAAAGCUAAUUUAAUUUAUUGUUAAUGUCAAAUGAUCACCGAUAAUGUUCACCGAGGAUAUAUAUAAUUGUAUUUCGAUUUGCGUAUCAGAUAAGCUUUGAAAAUUCUAGAUAAUUUAGUCAACGUAGUUUCGUAAACGUACGUACGCGUGCUUGGCUAUUGCACCAGUUGAUCGAUCGAGCUGCACUUGAAAUCGAAAUGCGGCGAGGUAUGCGGACCACACGGGAGCCUGGUUUGUCCCAUCGGCUCACGGAUCUAUCGGCCCAGUCACUUUGGAUCAAUCUGCGUGGAACCGAUAGCCGUGUACAAAUCCUGGUUCGAUAAACUUGUUAGUUGUUUAACGAGAACACUCCCUAUUAUUAUGUCAUAGCUGCGGUCGGUCCAACUGAGCAAUACCCCGUGAAAAUCGUCAUUUCACGGUGUUCACGGUGACUGAUAACCGUUGGAUAAUGCAUCGAGUCACGUACGCGCGGUGACAAAAAGGCGUUUGAUAAAAAUCGCGUGAAGGGACCUUGCGAAAGUUUACCUCUCGACCGAUUUGCUCCAGGUAAAACGAGUCUCGAUCGAUUAUCGAAUCUCGUCCGCAAAAACCGAUUUCCUUAACGCAAUUACGUGCAACGUAAACAUUAACUGAAUGAAAUCGCGGCACGAAAUUAAGGAAAUAUGUUACAAUGUGUGCUUAGGAAUUUGUUCAAAUAGCUUUGGUACUGCAGAAAAUUAUAACUCCUCUGUAGUAAAUACAUUUGUAAAGAAAUCUGUUCUUUCCAUAAUUAAUGGAAUGCUAUGUUUGUUUGAAUUUUUAUUUUCAUGUAUAAUUAAUGAACUGUUGAGUAAAACGAAAUUAUAUAUUUUUAUAAAAUCGUGUAAAUCAUUUCUGUAAUUUAUCUCUUAUCAUGAUAAUAAGAUAAGCAUGUGAGUACAAGAUCUGUAAGGUGUAAACGGGAUUUCAAGUUUGGAAAAGGAAGAAGCUCAGUUCCGUCUUAUGGAAUCCGCAUCGACAGUUUCGCACGCUGCGCUGAGUCAGCUCGGUUAAUCGAUGCCUCUAUCUUUUUCCCUCCGUCAAUGAUUAACGAGACGUCCGUCGGAUCAUUAAGACUUACCGUUCGACUUAAUUUUGCUCGUCUGGACGAUCUUAAUUACGUACGCGUCUCUACGGAGCAACCACGCGUCUGACUCGUCUAUCUAAAUCUACUUAUGUAUUUACGUGUUUAGAAUAACGAGACCGUCAUUUGUAUUUUAUAUCGUCGAUUUCUAAUUGUCGUUUCAAAUAAAUACAUAUCUCGGUUUAUUUUA